AUGUCGAAUCAGUCUGAUGUUUCGCAUUCAUUACCAUCUGUUGAUAUGAUUAAUGCAACAAGUAAAUUGCAACUUGAAGCAGCAGAAAUUCGAAGCAAUAAACCCAAUUGGAACUCUUAUCUAAGGAGUCAAAUGAUAGCGCAAGAAGAUUAUAAUUUUAUAACCGCUUAUGAAGCAACAAAAUCAAAACAAGACCGAGAUACUUUACUAGAAUCAAAUAAAAAUCAGUGUGCGCGAACUAUGAUCAACUUUAUUACAACUGUUGCUAAGGAUCAGAAUGUAAGAUAUGUUCUUACAGUGCUGGAUGAUAUGUUACAGGAGGAUAAAACUCGAGUCGAUUUGUUUCAUGCUUUUGCAAAAAAGCAAAAGCGAACGAUUUGGUCGUGGUUUCUUGGUAUUUUACAACGGCAAGAUAGUUUUAUUGUAAAUCAGAUGUCUUCCAUAAUCGCUAAACUGGCUUGUUUUGGUUCAACUUUGUUGGAUGGUUCUGAUUUAAAUUAUUAUUUCGCUUUUUUGAAAGAACAGUUGAGGACACCUGGUAAUGAUUACAUUAACACGACAGCUAGAUCUUUGCAAAUGAUGUUGCGUAUAGAUGAAUAUCGUCAUGCUUUUGUAUCUAUGGAUGGCAUUGCAAGCAUUUUAUCAACACUAAGCGGUAAAGCGAAUUUCCAGCUGCAAUAUCAGUUGAUUUUCUCUCUAUGGUGUUUGACAUUUAAUUCAUCAAUCGCGGAACAAAUACCAUUAAGUGGUGCAAUACAAUUUUUAGCUGAUAUCCUAUCGGAAUCAAGUAAAGAAAAAGUUAUUCGCAUUAUCUUGGCUACAUUCCGUAAUGUUUUGGAAAAGAUUGAGGACAGUGAUUUGGUUAGAGAGUCUGCUUUGCAGAUGGUUCAGUAUAAAACAUUGAAAACUCUAGAAUUAAUGGAUGCUAAGAAAUUCGAUGAUCCAGAGUUGCAAGAAGAUAUUGAGUUUCUGUGCGAAAAAUUGCAUAUAUAUGUUCAGGAUUUAUCAUCAUUUGACGAAUAUGUAGCUGAACUCAAAUCUGGAAGAUUACAGUGGAGUCCAGUUCAUAAAUCUGAUAAAUUUUGGCGAGAAAAUGCUCAAAGGUUCAAUGAGAAAGAUUCUGAACUUGUAAAGACUCUGAUCAAAAUAUUAGAAGUGCAAACAGAUAGUCUAAUCCUUUGCGUAGCAGCGCACGAUAUUGGUGAAUAUAUUCGCCAUUAUCCUCAUGGAAAAAAUAAGAUUGAACAAUUGCAAGGAAAACAGGCUGUUAUGAAGCUAUUAUCAGCCGAUGACCCAAAUGUACGUUAUCAUGCUUUAUUAGCUGUACAAAAGAUGAUGGUUCACAACUGGGAAUAUCUUGGGCGCCAACUUAAGGUUGAAAAUGAAAAUGAAAAAGGAAGUGCAAAUUCCUGA